AUGGAAAGUUUGUAUUCUUUAUUAUCAUAGAUUCUAUUGAUUACAACAUCUGUUAUUUUAUUGAUUUCUAUGACAAUUGCUUUUAGGAAAAUCAUAAAAGAUGUCAAUGAUAUUUUAGACUCAACUGAUAAACUUGUAUUUUUCAUAGCAGCAAUUCAAUAGUUAUUGUUAUUGGCAUUCUUAAUUUAAUAAUAUACACUCUUCCUAAGUGGAUUGCGCAUACUCAGAAUGCUUUAAGACAUAAUGCUAUUAAAUUGCUUAAUCAAAUUAGAUAGUGAUAAUGAACAGUCUUACCAGAAAAUUGUAGAUAAAAUCUCCUAGACACUUUCCUUUAUUCUCCUAUCUGUCUGGUGUGUCAUCAUAUUUUUAGAAGGGUUUUAAUCACAUUUUUAAUGCGAUCAAUAAAUAUGGAUGCUCCUUUCUGGAUUGCUGUUGCUUAAUAACAUAAUUUAAUUAUAUUUUGGACUCAAUAUAUUAAUAUAGAUCUACAAAUACUGCCAGGAUUCAAGUAAUCAACACAUGUUUGAUGGUUUACAUAAAAUUAUGAUGGAUGAAUUAUAAAAUAGGAAGGUAUAGGUCAUAGUAUUUGUCCUAUGUAGCAUUAAUUCAUCAGUAAUCAUGUUUUUAUAUGAUUACAACAUUUUUGAUCUGCUUAACCCUACACUAUGUCUCCAAAAGAAUACUAUUACUGAAAUUCUUAUUUAUAUUGCUGUGAUUAUGGUCUCGUACUAAUUGCCUUGCUUAGGAAUUUACUAUGUGUUUUAUCAUAAGAAUAAAAAGUAUUUGAAUAACCACAAUUGGGAAAUACAAAGAAAUAUAGUCAAUUUCUAUGAUGAAAGAAGUGAGAUAGAAUUGGGAGAUUAUUAGAACCCAUAAUGA